UUCGGACAAAAGCUUUUCACGUGCGGUUUGUACAUAUGCGCGUAAAUGUAGAGAGAAAGAGUCGAGGAGUGACUCCGUUUCGCGACUCAUUGGAUUUAUUUCGGGCUCGCCGAAAAUAGGCUCCUCUCUUUCUCCGCGACGGAGAGGAUAGGCUCAAACUCUCUCGCCGUCAGUUCGUUGCUCUUCUUCCGGACUAAACGUAUACUGCGGCGAGAUAUCUGACCCAUCAACGAAAUCAUGUGUUCGAUCGUGCCUCUGUUGUUUGUCGUCCUUGGGACGGCAGUUGCUGCGCCGCAGAGCCUGCCUUACCCGCUGAACGAGUACGCGGGAAAGAGAGUUCCGGUUCUCUACGAAGCUUACUACCCGGAGCCGCGCGAGUGGAAUCCAGAGGCGAGCCUGCAGAAGCUCCGCGAGUUGACGAGUCAGCUGGUGCGCGAGGAGGAGCAGCUGAGCAGCCAGAUAGCGAGCGGCGCCGGCCUCGAGAACGUCUUCGAGCCCCGCAGUCAGCUCCUCGAGUACGUCUUCUCGCGGCCGGCUGCGGCUCCGGCUCCGGCUCCGGCUCCGGCUCCUCUCGUUCUCGCCGGAAGCGGCAACAGCAACAGCGACGACGAUGUGCAGGUGAGCUCGCUGACCGUGAGCGAGAGCGCACCAGCCGACGGACACAGAAUCCGACACCAUCACGGACAGGCCAACUGGCUACUGCGCAGACUUGCCAAUACUCCGCAGAAUCCCGAUGCCGCCGCUCCGACGACGCGGCGCUAAUCUCUUCUUCCUCCGUUUUCGCCGAUCUACACGCUUCUUCUUCUUCUUCUUCUUCUUCUGAUGCUUGACGCCUAUUUUAUUUCUAUUGCAGCGGAAAAUAACGCCCGCGCAAGAUAAAAUUUAGUAAUUACAAUUCGACGUAUAAGCUAGAUAUAUUAUAUACUGGGCUUUAUCGCUCGCGAGCGCGCGCCUAAUAUCGUUUUAUUUUAGUCUCUCUCUCUCUCUCUCUCUCUCUCUCUCUCUCUCUCUGUUAUUAUUAUACUUACUUACCGGCUGGCACGUGAUGUGACGCAGGCUGGAAAAUUUCCGCCUGCGCGGAAGCUGCGCGCGGAUAAACUCGUUUUGUUUCCAAGAGUUCCAUCGAAUUGCCGACUAUGACGAAUCACGAGCUUCGCUGUAGAUGGAUUGCCAAAUUUGUGCUGAUCUAUUUUAGUUUUAUACAAAUCAAACUUUGGAAAUGUAGUAAGCAACGCGACUAUGAAAAAAAAACUGCUAUAUUUUUUUCAACUUUCAACAAGGUACAUUUUAAGCCCGGAUAGAGUAAAGAAGACGGUCGGGAUCUUUCAAAAACCGUGGCAAGUGACUAAAAACACUUAUUUAUAUAGUGAAAUGUCAUGAAUUUUGGUCAAUGAUUUUACAAGCUAUAUACAUGGUUUUUUUCGAUAAAAAUGGUGUAUAUUUUAUAUAUUUUCAAUAGAAUUUUUUUUUUCAAAUUACAUCAAAUCAAAAAUUUUUUGGUACGAAGAAUAUCUUUUUGUUUUUUUGCAGGAUUUAACCCAGGCUUAACCCCUUAAUUUCUCAACUUAUUGGCAAUGAUAAAUUGUUGUCGUCAUUUCGACGCGAAAAUCAUGUGCAGUGGAUUUCCUCGUAUAAGGGAAUACUUAUAGUUUGUUAAAUGAAAAUUCGCGGAGAAAGUGUGCCCGUACGCAACCUUUCCUCUCUCUCUCUCUCUCUCUCUCUCUCUCUCUCUCUCUCUAUCUCUCUCUCUCUCUCUCUCUCUCUCUCUCUCUCUCUCUCUCUCUCUCUCUCUCUCUCUCUCUCUCUCUCUCUCUCUCCGAACGGCAAUCAUUGAGUGUUGUAUACUCUGCGGGGCUUUGACGCUUCAAAUGAAAACAAAUUCGUCGAAACGUCGUCGUUCGACGCUUAUACGCACACACACUGCAAAUUUUUGCCAAUUCACCUUUCUAGAAUCAUAAUAAAGUCAAAGCAGGGGGGGGGGGAGGACAUAGAUAGCGGUUUUAAUGCCUUCCAUUUUACUACUUUUAUAUCCCGUAUGUAAGUUACGAUGCUCCGCUCGCCCUCUGUUUUCGGCGCCAAAAUCUUAUUUGUGGGCGACGGCGUUCGAUUCGAUGCCUCGCAUAGAAGAGCAAACUUUCGAGAACUUAUGUAUGUUCUUCGGGCUCGGGGGAAAUUGCUUUUACGUUUUACAGCGACGAGCGACGUGUGUGUGUGUGUGUGCGCGCACGCGCGUGUGUGUGGAGGAAAGCUCCUGUGUAAAAGUUUGGAUGGUAUAAUUCAAUUAAAUGGCUUUAUGAGUAGCGCACUUUGAGAUAUAUAAUAGAACACGUCGCCCGCCAGCAUUUUAAUAAGCUUUCAAUUUAAUUAAUUCUCUUCACUCUGAUGCGAAGAUAUUUUAGACGCUAUGUAGCUUUGAUACACUCAACUGACAAAGUGCCGCGCAUCAUUCACUAAUUUCUCGAGUGAUAUACAAGAAAUGUGCGUAAGCCACGCGCUCGAUUAGAAUGAUUACGUAAAAAUUGGGGGAGGGAAAGUUUAUCGCCUAUCUGCGUAUGCUUGUCAAUGUCGAUUGGACACGCGCACAAGAUAAAAGUCUGCAAUUAUCCAUCUAUUAAUGAGCCAGUCAUGUAGUACGUAUCAGCAACGGAAAAAAUGAGCCGGAAUUGAUGCUUUCGCACUGCUGAUGAAAAAAGCUCUUAUCGUCUACUGAUCCCGUAGCUUUUCCAUUCGAUUUAUACGUAUGUGUACACAAAAAAGUUCGACAGUGCUGAUUCACACGCGGAUUACCAUAGAUAACUCGUCGUGAUUCGAGGGCAAUUUGUAUAGCAUUCGGUUUGUCAGGUGCGUAGAUAAAGUGAAAAAUCAAUUGUCUACACUUAUAUCUUUCAUAUAACCAACGUUUAUUAUUAGUAUUUUUUUCACAUACACAAUUGUCGCCUUGCCGUUGAUCCAUCUCCAAGUUUACAUGAUUUACAUUCAAAAAAAAGCUUGUAUAUUAUCCAAUAAAUUAUAACCUAAGUAUAAUGAUCUGCAUAAUUUAUUUCCCUAAACCGCUGUACCAUAGUUUAUAAUACUUUCAUCAAGGCUUGUAAUCAUAGAAAUAACGAGGAUAACGUAUAUAGCUUUAACAUUAGUAAUGUAUAAGGUAUAAAAAUUACAAUGAUUAUAACCGAGAGUAACCAAAGCAAUAAAACUCAAGGCUACUUUUGCAUUUCAUUUCGUAGUAGUAUUUACACAUAAGAUUAAACGUUUCUUACACGCCGCUACUAUACAUUCUCUUUGUCAGUGUACACAUUUAAAGUUUG